CUGUACACUCUGGUUCUCCAAAUACAAAAAACAGUUUCGUUUAAAAGAAAAAAAAUCUUGAUUAAACAACAUUUAUUUCUCCUGACUGAGUUUGUGGAAGCAACUGGACGAGAGGAUGGAAUCAGAAGCAAUGGAUGUGUACGAUCAACUGUGGGACAACAGCAAGGACAUUGCUGAGCAGACCCUGGAGCUGCCCUUCCUUCAGCACAUGCAGAUGGGCGACCUUCAGGCGGACAACUAUGUCAUCUUCAUGAUCCAGGACAUCAACUACCUGGUGAAGGUCACGGAUAUGCUGAAGGAGAUGUGCGACAAAGUGAAACUGCCAGAGGACCUCAAAAACUUCUUUGGGGAGAGAUACGAGAGCUAUCACAGUUAUGCUGAAGCCACACUGGAGAAAUUCAACCUGAGGGAGGUGAAGGGCAUCAAGGCCACCGCUGCCAUGGAGAAGUACCUGUCGGACUACCAGGCCAUCAUGGACGGGUACGAGCCCAUCUUCUUCGCCGUGUCCCUGCUGCCGUGCGUACGGCUGUGGCUGUGGCUGGCCAAUCAGCUGAAGGAGGGCUACGGCAACGCCUACUUCACCUGGAAGAAGGAGAACAUGCACGGGCACCCCGAGCAGCACUACCGCCACCUGCUGGACGACCACCUGACCACCCCCGACCAGGUCGCCAAGGCCAACGCUGUGUUCCGAAAACAGAUGCAGAACGAGCACGACUUCUUUGCCUCCUCACUUGUAGAGUGAAGUGCCAUGACGGCCAUGCCUGCUUUUGUUUUAUUUAGGCCUACUUUUUUGUUAAGCACAUUUAAUUGUAUUUGUGUAUGACAUGCACUAUACAAAUUGCCUUGCCUUGCCUUGCCUUGCCUUGCCUUGCCUACUAUUAGGGACUUCCCAUAGCACAACUAACCCAUAUCAAACAAAGAGAGAUAUCCAUCAUCUCCUCUGAAGAUAAGUAUAUGCACCUGUGUCAACGAUGAGUGUGCAUUCUCUGCCCUUUUUUAUUAUUUUCUUUGCCUCAUCACUCAUACAAACAUCUUGGUACAACAAAUAGAGUGUCCAACACAGCAUAUGGAUACGUACAGUAUGGAUGCAAUCAGAGUUCUAUAGUGGUUGGGGGAAAUAGUCUCUUUCUCUGUGACUAUGCCAGGGCUGUAAAACUCAAAAUGACUGAAGGCAAAAAAUCUAAAUAGACUAAAAUUGUGCUUGUGUACACACUUAAUACUCAUAGAUAAGUUUCACACCCACUCUCUCCCAUCAUAUAUGGUAGUUCAAAUGUGCCUGCACUUAUUGUGUAGCAUAUGAGUGUGAGCUGUUUCAUUGGCCUUCGCCCACUCAUAUUCCCGGCCGUGACACAUAAUUUCACAUUCAAGUCGUGUUACACUAUGAAUUAAUGUUGUAUGUGGGCCAAUUGAAAUGAUGUCACAGGCCUAAUAAUGAUCCGCUGGCCAGAGUUUGACUUCCCUGGACUAUGCCGUUGUAAUGAGUAAUAUGUUGUGUCUGCAUCAAUUUGAUAUUUCUGUAUUGUGCUUGAUCAUACGGUGCAUGAAUAAAGCAGUCUUAAU